AUGUUGCCUCCCCUCCCGUCAAAGUUGUCCAGAUCCGCCACUGUCGACAUCUUCUUAUUAAAAAUGACCUGUCACAAUCACAGGAUAGUAUUUAUUAUCUUUUUUUAUUUGUCCGGGUUGCCCACACGGUCGACGGCCGCAUCGGUCUCCGGUGAUCCUUUCGACCUGGAUUACUCUGGUGUUUUUGACAAGCUGACGGCCGUGCUGAAAUGUGUACCGGUGUACAACCAUAUCCCUAAGCCAUGCAGGGAGAAGUUCGCACAUGAUCUGAACGCCUUGCUGACGGCUGUUUGUAAUGACCCUGGUGACCCGGCUCACUGGGUUAGACUCCACUGUUUUGUCUCAUACGUCUUACAGAAGACUUCCAUAGGGGGUCGCCAGGUCAACCAGGGCAAUCUGGUCAACAAGCGUCUAAGCGAAUAUUCAACUUUUGGUCUUGAAACCCUGGUACUGUGCUUUGAUGGGUUCAAUAAUGCCAAAUCACAAAAGCAAAACUCCGAUCGGUGGAUCAACGCUGUGUCAUCUUGUAUUGAACAGGGAAACCUGUCCUCGGCUGUCAGACUUGACUGUUUGCCGGAGGGCCUGGCGGAAAGCUCGCCAGCCACUUUCGAUAAAUUAUGUUCCAUCCACCCAAAAAUUUCGGUGGACAGGCGUUAA